UCCGGAAGCCGUCGACUGAGCCGGUAUGUUUCCCUCCGCGGGCCGCAGUGCAUCAUGCUCCGUGGCCCUUGCUGCCUCUUCAGGGUUUCCGUGGCACCCGUCGCGGCCCUGGCUGUGGCGCUGGUCUCGUCGCUCUCUCGCUGCUCCCUCCUGGAGCCGGAGAACCGCGUGGUCUCGCCGCUCAGCCCCUACUUCGGCACCAAGACUCGCUACGAGGAUGCCAACCCCGGGCUGCUGCCGGACCCCGAGGCGCCACGGCGGGACCCACAACUGCUGGAGGAGACCUGCACCCCGGUACAGCUGGUCGCCCUCAUCCGCCACGGCACCCGCUACCCGACCACCAAACAGAUCCGCAAGCUGCGGCAGCUGCACGGACUGCUGCAGGCCCGCGGGCCCGGGGAUGACCGGAUCCGCCCUGCCGGCGGCGGCGACCUGGGCGCUGUGCUGGCCAACUGGCCGCUGUGGUACGCGGACUGGAUGGACGGGCAGCUGGUGGAGAAGGGGCGGCAGGACAUGCGACAGCUGGCCCUGCGCCUGGCCUCCCUUUUCCCGGUCCUCUUCAGCCGAGAAAACUGCGGCCGCCUGCAGCUAGUCACCAGCUCCAAGCACCGCUGCAUGGACAGCGGCGCCGCCUUCCUGCAGGGACUGUGGCAGCACUACCACCCUGGGUUACCGCCGCCCGACGUCGCAGACAUGGAGUGUGGACCUCCAAGAAUUAAUGAUAAAUUAAUGAGGUUCUUUGAUCAUUGUGAGAAGUUUUUAACUCAAGUGGAAAGGAAUGCUACGGCUCUUUAUCAUGUAGAAGCCUUCAAAACUGGACCAGAAAUGCAGAACAUUUUAAAAAAAGUUGCAGGUAUUUUGCAAGUGCCAGUCAACAACUUAAAUGCAGAUUUAAUUCAGGUAGCUUUUUUCACCUGUUCAUUUGACCUGGCAAUUAAAGGUGUUAAAUCUCCUUGGUGUGAUGUUUUUGACAUAGAUGAUGCAAAGGUUUUAGAAUACUUAAAUGAUCUGAAACAAUAUUGGAAAAGAGGAUAUGGGUAUACGAUUAAUAGUCAAUCCAGCUGCACCCUGUUUCAGGAUAUCUUUCAGCACUUGGACAAAGCAGUUGAACAGAAACAAAGAAUUGUUCUUUCAUGAUGUCAUGGAAGAGAAAAGAAAUUUAUCAAGAAACUUGGAAGCUUGCUUUGAGUUAUAACCAGAACCACUAUCAAAAUAUGUUUGUUCACUGGAAAACCUGUUUUACAAGUGGAUUUUCAUUGUAUUUUGGGGAAACCUUUUGUGGCAAAUGAAUCAGCAAAAACAUUUUCUAAAUCCUGUUGGAACCACAACCUGAAGUUACUAAUGAUAUUUAAAAAUCACAUUUUGUUAAGAAAUACCUUGUACAGUAAAAAUGAUGGAUAUAUGUUAAAUAUAUUUAUAAUUUCAUCUAUUUAAAUUAACCACUGUGCUAUAUAAACUGCUGGUCUUAGGCACCAGGUUAGAACACAGCUUUUCAAAAAUUUAUUUCAAAACCUGAGAAAAUCAAACAUACCCAUUACUGAAAUCCGUCCUUUUAGUCUGUGAAAUGAAUUGCUUCCUUUGUUUCUACCAGAUCCCCUUGUUAUCCAUUGGCUUUAAAUGGAUAGACAGUUUCAGAAUUUUCCAAAAGUGAUCACAGAACUGACUCUAGCCUUCGGAAUCUGUUGGACUAGUGGUGUUUUGUGGUCUGGCUCACAAACGUUAAGGUUACUCCAGUCUUCACUAGAACCACAAGCCUUGCCCUUGGCAGAUUUAAAUAUUCAAUUCAAUUUUUCAGACAUGUGCUAGAAGAAGAAGGGAGAAAGGUGAUAGGAAUAAUCCGUGCCCAAGGUCCACAAUUACCUCUCACAAUACUUUGUUAAAACAGAGCGUCCUUCUGAUUUUGGCGACGUGCUGGAUUAUGCUAAUGCCAGAUAAAAAACAAAUAUUCUGGUAUCAGAUAAAUUUCCUAAUUACCAUUUAGAUGGUAUAGUCAAUAUGACUCUCUAAAAUAUUUGCCUCUCUAAAAUGUGUAGGUAGAGAGGGGCUACAUUAUUUUUAAAACAAACACACAAGCAAACAAAUAAAUAAACAAGCUAUGGGAUUACCAUGAGAACCUCAAUAAGCACUCAUGUAUGAGCAUAGUGCUAGAUACUCAUUAAGCACAUAAUAAUUGGUUAAAUACCAGUCCAGUGCCUUAUGCUUUAUAGGUGAUAUCAAUUAGCUAUUGCUGUAUAACAAACUAUCUCAAAACUCAGUGGGUUAAAACGGUGGCCAUUUACUGUUGUUCAGGAGUUUAUUAAUCAUCUGAAUGGUUCUUUGGUUGUGGAUGGACUCACGCAUGUAUUUGUAGUCAGCUGUGGUGCACUUGUAGACAGCUUUUCAGAUUUUUGGAUGAGAGUCAGUAGGGUGCUGGUCUAAGAUGGACCUGGAUGAAAUGAAUCAACUCUGCUCCAUGUGGCCUCCCAUCCUUCAGCAGGUUAGCCUGGGCUUGUUCACAUGGCAGUCACAGGGCCCCAGGAGAUAGAUCAGAAACAGACAAAGCCAUUUGGGGCCUAGGCUUUGAACAGAUACAUCACUGCUUUAACCAAAUUCUGUUGUCAAAAUUUUUGACAGAGCAAAUCACAAAGUCAACCUGUGUUAAAGAAGUUGGGGAAAUAUUCUCCACCUUUUGGUGGGAGUGACCAAGUUACAUUGCAAAGUACAUGCAUACAUGGAAGGGUGGAUAAUUGGAGCUAGUUUUGCAAUUAGGCUGCUACAUAGAUUUUCAAUUAAUGUGAGAGAAUAUGUGAAAGUAAGGGAGUUCACUUAUAAGCUGCUGAAUAAUGAUGUUUGUAUUUGGGGUUUCCACUUCCUUUAAAUUUUAGGUUUGAAGUUUGGAUUCUUUGAUUCUUUGGUGGUGUGCAAUAGAAAUUGUAGGUAGCAGGACAAAAAAAAAAGAAAACAAAGAAGAAGAUAUAUAGGAUAGCUCACAGAAUCUAAGGAUGAGCUUCAGCAAGGACAGGAACCCUGGAUCACCUAGAAUUUAGAUAGCAAGAAUUAAUCCAUUCAGGGCACUGCCUUGGGUUUCAGAUUUCCUGGAGAGAAAGUCCAGUUGGCCUCUGGAUUAACUGCCCAGGCCUUGGUCAAAGGAGGGCCAGAUACCUUGAUUCUAAAGUCUUACCAAGAGCACAAGCAAAGAGGCUGGACAGUUCUCCAAGAUAAAAUGGAAUUCACUACCAGAUGAAGGGAAUUCAGGGCAGGCAAAUACAACAGUAUCCUCUACAAAGUUUAAACAACUUAAUCCUAGAAAAGCAGUUCUGGUAGUGGUUAAAUCCCUACUAGUGUGGGCAUGGAGGAAUCAACUGUCAUGUCCUUUCUUAUCACUCUUCCCAGUAAGUAAACUUUAGAAAGUAGCCAGAGGCAAAGGAUGCAGAUUAUGCAGAGAGGGAAGAUAAAUUAGAGGUGGCUUUCCUCUACCCAUUCAGCGACAGGCAAUCACUUACUUAUUUAAUUCUUCAUCUGCCCUGGCCUGAUCAAAGCAUAGUCUACAGGUAGCAGCCUUUGCUCUGCUUCAAAGAACGUGGGAAAUGUAUGGCCAAAGAGAGAAGGUACUUAGGAGUCGUAUUAAGUUAGGAAUGCUUCUGGCUGCUGGUGACUUUACUCAUAGGACACUUAUUGUUACUGAGUAGGAAGUCCCAAAGUAGUGGUCCCAGGGUGGGCCCAGAAACUCACCAGAGUCCUCUAAGGACCCCAUCCUCAGUGUAGCAGCAGUGUCUCCUCAUAGCUACAAGAUGGCUGCUGCAGCUCCCAGCAUCAUGUCCUCACAGGACAGCAUCUCUAGCAGAAAGGAGAGAGGAAAGAGAAAAAAAAAGCUUUUGCUUUGUUUGCCUCCCUUUAAUUAACACCCUUCAGUGUUAUCCUUUAACACCCUUACAUCUUAUUGGCCAGAACAUGACCAUCCUUAAACCAGUUACUAUAGAAGGGGAAAGAGGUCGCCACAACGGGCUUAGACUAAUUUUAGUUCAAUCUCUCAGGUUGGGCACAUUGCCUCUGACAUUUAUGGUGCCUCCAAUCACAUUUACUUGGCCUUGUCCCUAAUUCCAGCCCCAAAGGGGGUCAGGGCUGGCUUCAUGGGGCAUGGGACCUGUGUAGUUGCACAGGGCCUCUCGUUUAGAAGGUCUUGGUUUAAUGCUCUUCUGUUGCUGUCUUGAAAUUCUUAAUAGUUUUUUAACAGAGAACCCAGCCUUUUCAUUUUGCACUGGAUCCCACAAAUUACGUAGCCAGUCCUGGCUGGGGUGGGCAUAGGCCUUGACUCAAUUCUCCCCAACAGCCCUUGCUGCAAGCAGGCACCCAUGGGUGCACUCAGUCAGCUGGUGGACAUGCAUAGCUUGGAAGGGUGGCGGGCUAACACCCCCAAACUCUAACUACUACAGCACAGAAACAAUAGAGAAAUGCUCAUGCAUCCCAUCCUUCAGGGGCAUUCUGCACGCUUCUUAGAAGGUCCUGGUGGAAUCCACCUCCAUUGCCCACAGCAGUGACCUUGAUAGCAUACUCUUCUAUUGGCUUUUCUUCUUUCUCUGUCCAAUUCUACUCAGGCCCUCAUUCCUAGUCCCUGAAAUCACCUUCCAAAUAAAUACUUGCACACUAGUCUUAUCUCAGGCUCUGCCUUCGGGAGGAUCCAUGCUCAAACACCAUCCAAAAAAAUCAUGGUUUGGGACUUCCCUGGUGGCCCAGUGGGUAAGACUCCGCACUCCCAAUACAGGCGGCCUGGGUUCAAUCCCUGGUCAGGGAACUAGAUCCCACAUGCAUGCCACAACUAAGAGUCUGCCUGCCACAAAUAAGAGCCCACAUACCUCAAUGAAGAUCCCAUGUGCCGCAACUAAGACCCAGUACAGCCAAAAUAAAUAAUAAAUAAAUAAAUAAAUAUUUUUAAAAAGAAACGUUUAAAAAAAAUCAUGGUUUCCUGUCAAGAAGAAGUGUAUAUGGCUGUUUGUCCUUUGGUUAAGCAACACCAACAAUGUCAGUGAUAGUUCUUGUGGGAUGAUAAAGGGGAAUCACCCCAGAUCCUGUAUCCCUGACUUGCAAAAAAUAAAUCUAACAUUUGUUGAGUAUCUACUGUGUGCCAGACACUGUGCUGUUUUUAGAUAUAUUCUCUUAUUUCAGCUGCACAACAGCCAUACACAGUAGUUGUCCUUAUCUCCAUUUUACAGAUGAGAAUACCAAGGAUCAGAGAAGUUGAGUGAUUCCCCAAGGCCAGUAGGUGGAAGACCAGAAAUUCAAACACAACUUUUCUGGGUAGUCUUCCCACGGUGUCACCCUACUGAAAGGAAAGACAUUAAAUCUAUGGGCCAACUAACCGGCGAUGUGGGGAUAUGUGUGCAGCCAUGCUCUGAGCUUCGUGAUCACUCAUACAGUACAAAGCACUUCCUGAAGAACAGCUAGUGGGCAGGUAUGCCAGCAAAGGGGCAGGCUUUCCUCUUAGUUUUUGAUUCUUCUAUAAAAUUUCACAGCAGUGUUUCAGGAACAGAGCGUGGUGGCCGGCACAUUGCUCAUGCAUUUUCUCCAAACCAGUAGGAACCUGGCAACUGUAUUUUCCAAGCCUGGGUAGACAGAUCAUUCUAUUUUGCUUUGUCACUUUCAAGAGAGUAUUCUGCUCCUUCACAGACUCAGGGCUGUGUAGCAGACUACAUUUAUAGAGUGUUCUGGAUAAUGAGGUCAGGCAAACAUUUGAAGAGACAGAUCACAGACUACAGGGACACCACUGUCUUUUUCCAGGGCAAGUGGAGAAAAGAAAUUGGACACUGGACCAGACAACGUCUGCGGUACCAGCUGAAUUGGUAAAGCAAGCCAACGCCUGGCUAGCAGUCAGGGACACAACUGAAGAAAGAACUGUAACACUAUUAUUCUCGAAGGAUGUAUUUUUAGUACACAGUAUAUAAGAUGUGACCCUCUCCUGUGGAGAAACACAGAAUGGAAAUUUGCUUAGUACCAAAUUGCCACCGCAUGAUGAAGAAUUGAAAUGAGUUAAAAUUAUAACUUCAGAGUAUUUUCCAGUAGAGGCUUUCAGAUUAGCUUUUAUUUUAAUCAUGUAUAUAAAUUCCUUUGGUAUUCUUAAUAUAAACUAAGAUUUGAUAUGUCAGUACCUCUUGCUGAUUUUCUUAUAUCCAUUUCCCUGAGGUUUCUUUCCUGACUGUCAUCUAACAAGACACCAAAGCAGUGGCCUCUAACUUUGUUGAUUGUGCUCCACAUCCAUAAAAGCCCUCGUGCAUUAUAUCCAAUAUAUGUAUAUUUACAUAUUUAGAAACUAUAUCCCCGUACUGCUGCAUUACUAUUUUAUGUACAAUAUGAAAUAGGCCAGAAUUAAAAUUUAAAGGAUAAGAUAAAGGUUAAACUAUCUUAAAGGUACUUUUAAAUUACAUUUUAAUUAGUGACGGUACAAAAAAUUGUUUUUGCUAGUGAGAGCAAGAUGAUUAAAUAUACUUCUUUCUUUAAAAAGAAAAACAGUUUGUGGACUUCCCUGGUGGUCCAGUGGUUAGUACUCCGAGCUUCCACUGCACGGGGCGCAGGUUCGAUCCCUGGUCGGGGAACUAGGAUCACACAAUGCCGUGCAGGGCGGCCAAAAAAUAAAACAAACAAACAACAAAAAAACCAAUUGUGACUCUGUGAUGCUGCGGUUCAAAAUUUUGGACUAGUUCAGUUUAUUACAAUACUUGUAUUUUUUAAAUCUUUAAAAAAUUGAGAUAUAAUUCACAUACCAUAAAAUUCACCCUUUUAAUUUAUACAAUUCAGUGGUUUUUAGCACAUUCACAAAGUCAUGCAACAAUCACCACUAUCUAAUUUUAGAAUAUUUUCAUCACCUCCAAACGAAACCCCAUACUCAUCAGCAGUCACUCCAAGUUCCUUCUCCCGCUGGCCCCUGGCAACCACUAAUCUAUUUUCUGUCUUUAUGGAUUUGCCUAUUACUGUCAUUUCACAUAAACGGAUUCGUACAGUAUAUGGCUUUCUGUGUCUGGCUUCUCUCACUUAGCAUAAUGUUUUCAAGAUUCAUCCAUGUUGUAGCAUGUAUCAGUACUUCAUUCUGUUUGAUGGCCAUAUAAUAUUGUAUUGUAUAGAUGUACUACAUUAUCUUUAUUUCUUCAUCAGUUGAUGCACACUUGGGUUGUUUCCACUUUUUGGCUAUUAUGAAUAAUGCUGCUAUGAACAUUUAUGUACAAGCUUUUGUGUGGACUUAAAAAAUUGCCUGUACAAGCUUUUGUGUGGACUUAAAAAAUUGCCGAGUCAUGUGCUAACUCUAUGUUUAACCAUUUGAGGAAAUGCCAGAUGGUUUUCCAAAGUGGGUGCACCAUUUUACAAUCCCACCAGCAGUCUUAUGAGGGUUCCAAUUUCUCCAUACCCUCACCAGCCCUUGCUAUUGUCUGUCUUUUUAUUAUAGCUGUCUUAGUGAGUGUGAGUAGUAUCUCACUGUGGUUUUGAUUUACAUUUCCCUAAUCACUAAUGAUGCUGAGCAUCUUUUCAUGGGCAUGUUGGUAGUUUGUAUAUCUUCUUUGGAGAAAUGUCUACUCAAAUUCUUUGUUUAUUUUUAAGUUGAGUUAUUUAUCUUUUUAUUGUUGAGUAAUAAAUUACAUAUUCUGGACAAUAGACCCUUAUUGAAUAUAUGAUUUACAAAUUUUUUUUUAUCUUGUGGGUUAUCUUUUCACUUUUUUGAUAGUGGCCUUUGAAGAACAAAAGUUUUUAUUUUGAUGAAGUCAAUUACCUCUUAUGUUUCUUUGGAUUCAUAUGCUUUUGGUGCCAUAUCUAAAAAACCAGUGCCUAAUCCAAGGUACUAAAGCUUUACAUCUAUGUUUUCUUCUAAGAGUUUUAUACAUUUAGUUAUUACAUUUAGGUCCAGUUUGAGUUCAUUUUUGUAUAUGGUGUGCGGAAGGGGUUCAACUUUAUUCUUUGAAUGUGGAUAGCUAGUUGUGCCAGCAUAUUUGUUGAAAACACUAUUCUUUCCUUCAUUGAAUUGUCAUGGUAAGCUUGUCAAAAAUCAACUGAACCUAGGGACAGGACAGGAAUAAAGACACAGAUGUAGAGAAUGGACUUGAGGACACAGGGAGGGGAAAGGGUAAGCUGGGACGAAGUGAGAGAGUAGCAUUGACAUAUAUACACUACCAAAUAAAAUAGAUAGCUAGUGGGAAGCAGCUGCAUGGCACAGGGAGAUCAGCUCAGUGCUU